AUGAGACUUGGAAACAUCACCGACUGGCUCGAACAGCUUGAACCGUCAUCUGAGCACGCGAUUGAUGCCACCGUGUCUUGCGGACCUAAACACCAGCAACACCAUCCCCUUUCGCCGCCAGAGUCGCAGAAGAGACAGCGCAGCAUGAGCGCGCAGCGGGAGCCUAAGAGGCAAAAGGUGCAUGACGAUCCCAACAAGACGCCCAGAGGCAACAGCAGCUGGCAAGGAGUAGGGGCCUUCCAGACCGAUUCGCCUACGACUUCUCUGCCUCCACCUUCGGAGCCGCAGUCACAAUCGCAGUCACAAGCAUCCGGCCGGUCCUCACCAUCAAAAGCCCUCGGUGGCUUGGAAAUCAACCCUGAUGGCAUCAAGGGACGGAGGCUAUCUCCCAGGGAUCCACGGAUGCCGCAAAAGCUUACCGAGCUGCUGAUGGAACUGCAAAUGACUACGACCAGUGGGGUUGGCCUGAUAUCCAGUAACUCUAAAGCUGAGAUUAGGGCGGAGGCCAAGAAAGAUCCCGAAUUUUGCCUCUUUCUAGAUCAUAUGUUUGCGGACCCUAAGAACCGUGAUCGGAUUGGUCCUACGCCACCAGUUCAUCAGGUUAUCCAUCUGGUCGCUGAGGCAGCGGAAUGCCACCUGUCAAGGCAGAACGAAGCAGGCUGGAACAUGAUGGUCCAUCACCCGCUGUUAUUCACAGCCAUUUACAGCUCGCGACGACAGAAUCAGCUCGUAGGGUUCGCGCCUUGCACGACAGCAAAGAUCAUCAAGGAAUACGUCUCGACAGCCUCGCAGCCAAAGAUGGUUGACUUCUGCAUAUAUAUGGACCCGACAGUCAAUGAGGCUGCCUCCGAUGCAGUGCAGAUCCUCCGUAGAAUGCUGCCAGCUGGGGUGAUCAACCACACGGACUUCCAACCCCUCCGCGACCGCCCAAUCGCCAUCAGCAUCGAGACCAAGAGCCGAGGUAGGACACAACCAGAGACAGCCGAGCUUCAGCUGGGCACAUGGCACGCAGCGCAGUGGCGAUUCCUGGAAGACCUUGUUUCUCGCACUGGUGGGUCUCUCGAUGACUUGCCCUUUCUGCCGGCGGUGAUUGUGCAAGGCCACAGCUGGAGCUUUGCAGCUACGACGAGGGAGGGCCACAGGACCGACUUGUGGACUGAGUACUGCUUUGGGUCGACGUCUGAUGUUGCUGGCGUGUAUAAGGCGAUAUGGGGGCUGCAGCGGCUGGCUCUCUGGGCGAGGGAAGUGUAUUGGCCUUGGUUUGAGAAGAACGGCCUUGGUGUUGAGGAUGACGAACAUAUACCCAAUAGCGCAGCAUGA